UGUCUCAAUUUGUCAAUUAUUUGCACACUUGUGUACUACGCACUCGAACCCUACUGCGCACUUUCUCCAAAUGCACUUUGCUGAAGAUCGCAGGGUGCCGUGUGAGAGGGAUUGGGCCAUAGACAAAGAUUUUCUGCACGCGCCUGCAUCUGAGAGUUGUGAUUUGCUACGCAGUGGUUACGUGACCCCACAUCCGCUAGUAACUACUGUUGCUGUCCGGCAGCCAUGACAACGAGUUUAGGAAGUUAAAUGGAUGGAAACAACAGGCAAGAACAAGAAGAUGUCCUCACUUAAACAGCACCAGAAGUCUCUCAGAUGCACCGUGUACUUGGACAUUUUGAGGGUGACCUGUCCAGGAAUGAUUCUGCAUAAGAGGAAGGGCAUCUGCCUCAGUGUGCGCAUCAUGGGCCAGUACAAGAAGACUCCAUGUGUACCUCCUGUCUUCCCUUUACUGUUUCACCACAAAAUGUUUUUUAUCAAGACUUUCCCGGGUGUUGUUGACCCUGCUGAUGUUGCUGACCUACUCAAAGCUGACACAACAAUUUUUGAGCUGAUUCAGUUGGUCCCUCCAGACGGGGAGAUUCUAGCUACGAUGGAGAAAAACAGCAGGGAUUUCCUGUAUCCUGCUCCCGGACGGUUUACCAGAGAAGACGAUGCAGAGAGACAAGUUGUGAUGAAAAGAUCAGCCACCUUUCCUGGAAUCUCCCCUAAAGUGGAGUUUGUUACAACUUCAGUCAUAGAGGAGAGCAACGGGAGGAACAGCUGGACUGCUUCAACUGGGUGUUGUCUUUCCCCCACGAGGCCAUCUUUAACCCCCCGUGGAUGGCAUUCAGUGAAAGCAUCUUCAACAACCAGCGGACACGUUCCCAAAUGUGAUCAUGAGAGUUGUGUUAAGUGGAAAGAUGGGAAGAAGGUUCAUGUUGAGGCUAAAAUCACAAAUUCUGCACCGUCAACAUCCAGGUGCUCUCUUUUUGCAUCUCCAUCUGACUGCAGUCAGCUAAGAGGGAAGAAGGAUAGAAAACUAAAUGGGAGCAGAAUUUCUGUGGAUGCUGGGUACCAACAACCUACAGUGUCCUCCAGGAGCAGGUCCCUGUCUCCUUACACACAUCGUAAGAUGUGUCAGCUCUCUGAGGAUGCCAGGCAAAGGCUCGGCCACCUUCAUCUGGGUCCUCACCGCUUCAGGAAGGAAACAGAGAGCCAGCCACCAUUCCUGGUGUCUGGCUGCAGUGCCUCUGUGAUGGGAACGUCUUUUUCCUCGCCAAGUGACAGCACGCAUCAACGAUCUGUUAGUUUCUCAGCUGAUCUUGCAGAUUCUUCUCUCCUUGGCAGUUACAGACCAAGAACAGUCGGAGUAGAGUCGACUGUGCUAAGGGUCCAGUCACCUCCAGGGACACCGUCUAGACAUGAACCACGGAUCAAAAGCCCUGUAAGAGGUUCCUCCUCACCUCAGCUCAGCCUAGAGGUGUCACACUCCGCAAGGCCUUUGAAUGUCAGCAGCCAGUCACUCAGAGACAGAUUUCAGAACAGUCCCUCCUAUUGGGAGCAGAUCCAUAGCAGGGUUGAAAGGAUUCUGCAGACGCACCAAACCACCUGGAGCCACUGAAGCCGAACCCUUUCGCCCAAUAAUGUGACUGAACAGUCAAGAUAUCAACAGUGUUAAUAGGACAGCAGUCUGCUUCACAAACACUUAAUCACACUAGCACCAGAUUAAACACAUUUAAACAAAUCUUCACGUGAUUUUAAAUUCCAGACAUUCCCAGCACAAGUUGCUUGUUUGUCCUCGUUACUCUGAAACAGCAGGAAGUUUGUGGAGGUUAUGUUCAAACGUGUAGCAACACAGCUCUCCUCCCACCCAUCAGCUGGGUCGUGCUUUAAAAAAAAUCCCCAAACUAAGCCGUCGUCUAAUUUCUCUAAAGCUGUCUGAAAUUGGCUCGAGUAUAUAGAAGCAGCAUUUUGUGUGUGUGGGCAGGAGACGUGUCGGAUGUAAGCUGCAGCUGUUAGGGGCUCGUCUCUUGUUACACACAGGUAGCGAAGAACCACCGCCGGGAGCCCUGGGCUACGGGAGACUUGAGAAGAUUUGAGGAGGAACAAAAGUAAUCCUGAAUGAGAGGAGAAAGAAUUCAAGCCUUCAGCUUCUUGGUUUAACACAAAACAUCAUCCGUUUGAACUUUGUCUCUUGUUCAUUUGUAUUGAUGUGUAAUUCAGCCUGCAGGGCCUUAUCGUCACAUUAACUACACCUCAGAAGAUUUUAAAAUGACACUAAGGACAUUGUUUUACAGCAGUGGAUAAUUACUAUUAAUCAUGAAAGGACAAAUUAUUUCAAUUUUCUUUAAAAGCAAAAAAAUGUUUCUGCACCUGUCACAGACUAGUGAGCUGGACAUAAACCUUUAAUAUUCUAAAUCUGAACAGGUUACCUUCAUAAACAUGUUUUCUUAUUCUGCAUUUCAGGACUUUUAUGGUUUAAAAUCCAGCUUCAGGACUGAAGUCCAGUGUUCCAAACAUGAUCCUCCAGAUAAACCACUUAGUCAAGAAUGGUCACAACAAACAUAUUUUAUCGAAUGAUUUCAGAGCAUUUCUUCUUGUUGCAGCCGUAAACAGUUUAUGCCGGUGUAGUCUGUAGAGUUUUAAAUGAUUGGGAUUACAUGUCAGUAUUUAGGUGUUCAGCUUCACUUCUUAUGGAAUUUAUUCUUCUUCUUGUUCCUCUUGCCAGCUCCGUGUGCUGCUCGUUCUGCCAUUAUCUGCUGAUACUUCUUUUUGUUUUUGCUGAAAAAAGAGAAGGAAAUGUUUGAAUUUGGGUUUUUAGGUGUUUCACACAGGAAUCAGACUGCACUUCACAGGACACCUGAUUAUUUUAAAGGGUCAACUAGAUUUUAUUACAACAAACACCUGAUGAGUUACAUCUCAGGAAGGUUAUUGAUGGCAUUGAAAAUAUUUCCCUGUGUGCCAUUUCUACAAGAUGCCACCUUUCUUUAGUGAGGCUGAGUAAAAGUGUCCGGCUGAUAUCCACAAAACUAAAUGUGUUCAUUCAGAUUUUAAUAAAGCAAUAAAAAUAAA